AGCAGAAUUCAAGAAGAACACAGAAAUAGAAUACAGGGUUGUUCACGAUGUCAGAGCUGACAAGAAAGCGACAGUCGAGGAGUGGGCACAAAUCGUACGCCACAAAAGUUGUGAACAAGGUGAUAAGUAUGUUAAACGAUAAUGCGCCACUAAGGAAAGUCGAACUGGAACAAAUGCGGCUUGUGCUCGUACAGAAAUUAGAUACAAUUUCGAAGUUGGACGAUGAGAUUCAGAGCUUGUUGGAAAAGGAUGACGAUAUUGCAACAGAUAUUGACAGCUCAUCGAAAUACGGCUGCGAAGUUUUGGGCGCGUUGGCCGAAAUCAACGAAGCGCUGAGCACGAUAGAGACGAACAAACGAAAUGAGGAACUCGCCAACACAUCGGCAAGUACAGUAUUCAGUGGAGCACGCUGUAGAGUAAAGCUGCCUAAACUAGAGGUGAAAAAGUUCACGGGCAAGAUACAAGAUUGGCGUGAAUUCUGGGACUCUUUCAAAAGUUCAAUCCACAACAAUGACGGAUUGUCUGAGGUCGACAAAUUCACCUAUCUGAGGGGACUGGUGGAGGAGCCGGCCAAGUCAGCAAUUUCGGGAUUUGCUCUGACUUCGAUUAAUUAUGCAGAAGCACUGAAGGUGUUAGAACGGAGAUACGGGAGCAAAGUGAUGGUGCAAAGGGCACACGUAAAUGAUUUGAUGAACCUAAAGCCCGUGUACAGCGAGAAUGAUACGACAAGGCUGCGCAAGUUCUUUGAUGCCUUGGAAACGAGUUAUCGAGGACUCGAGUAGCUCGGUGUAAAGGAGGAAAUGUACUGCGAGAUAGUCGUGCCCAAUCUUCUAACAAAGAUACCGAACUUAUUAAAACUGACGAUUACCAGGGGAAGAGACUACUUAGAGUGGUGCAUGAAAGAUUUUGUCAACGCAUUACAAGCCGAAGUGGAGCUGCGGGAAUGCCACAAAUUAGCGGUCGGAGA